GCAACUCUGGCAAGCGACAACAAAUGGAAAUUCAUGAAAAUAACGUUCUACUCGUCACUCGGACGGAGGAGCUCCAAAAAAAAAACAGUAGGCCAGCUGUCACGCAGUCUGAAAAGCGAAGCUCAAAGCAAGUUGCGUUCCUGCCGAACCUCUGCAGUUGUUUUGCUGUCCGCUAAAAUGUUUCAAGCCGUUGAACUGCAGUCCUGUCUGGUGCUUCAAAUGCUGCUGGAGGCGAAUGUUUAUGUGUCCGCAUUGUGGGGCCUCAACUAUUUAUUACACAUUUUCAUACAGAUGGACGAGCUGUGGAGCUUGGAUACGGCGGCCAUGCUGGUCGCCUAUGUGCUGGCCAUGGGCUCGGAGGCGGUGCGUUUGUAUGGUGCCUUUGUGGUGAAUCUGCGACCAGAGCAUGCCUCCAUGUGGCUGCUGUUGACAGUGACGCCGUGUGUGCUGUUUCCGUCCAUGGUCUACCUGCGCCUGUCUCUGCCAGUGGACAGCCUCUACCUCUGGCCGCACUACAUGUCCUAUGCGGUGCUGGUGCUGAUUGGCCUCGAGGUAAUUGCAAUUCUGUGCCACAACAUUCGGCUCGAGAUGGUGGAGACGAAUCGACAGCUGGCGGAUUUCAGGGAGCAUCGCAGAAAGGAGAAGCAGCGGAGGAUGCCGCGCGUGGCCUAAGCUUCUGAGGUUUAUUGAGGCCUCCCUCCAA